AUAAGAUUAUCCUACUUAAUGGUGGGUCACACUCACAAAGAUAUGGAUCAGGUAAGAGUGGGAUCAUCUAUAGGAAGUUUGAGAUCUUUUAUAAAUCCCCUCGUUUUCAUUAUUUUACUAUAAUACAUCAAAUAAAAUAAAAUAAAGUACAUUUUUAUUGGGGAUAUAUGAAUAUUAAUAAAUAUGUUGAAAAUUUCAGAUGUUCAGUAGAAUAUCUCCCGCAUUAUCACAAAGAUCUGCCAUAACCAUACGUGCACUCCACACAGUCAUACACAACGCCUUUACCCCAGAACCAAUAACUGCAGACUUGAACAACUUGUUGGACAUCAAAUUGUGAUUAUCGCCACAUAUAAAGGGUUUAAAAAACCAUUCCCGGCCUCAUGCAUUUUUUGGUUUGUGAAAGGCAAAGACGAGAAUGUGGAGAUGACGUAUAGAAACUGGUCGACAUCAGGCAAGAAGGUAUGGAUAGCAAAAAAAGCUCCAUUAAAGGUGUUGAAGAAGGAACCGAAAGGAACACCACCAGUGCUGCAGCCAGAAUAUACAAAAUGUCCAACAGUGGAAGACCUAACAUGUGGCUUAGAACAGACAAAAGCUCGAUUUAGGCCAGAUGAGGUAGACUGGUGGAAAAAGUAUAUUGAACAGGAGGAAGUAGAGCGAGAGCGAUGGGUAACCUUGUCAAAGGAAAGAAAGAGAUAUGUUAGUGAUUGCCCAGUUAUAAGCUACAAAUACGUGGAAGUCAAGGAGGUUCAGGAAGAUGAUGAAGAGUCGAAGAAACGUAUUGCAGAGUUAGAGAAACUGCUUGAGAAAACUAACAACUUUCCAGAAGUAAGUGUUUUGGAUGAUAUAACAAAGUUUGAAUGUCUUCGUUAA